CCGAUCCGAUCCGAGCGGCGCCGCCUCUACUUCAGCCGCCGGCUCCCGGCUCCCGGCUCCCGACGCCAGUCCGACGCGGCCGAAGCGCCGCCCAGGCCCCGGGAGAACAUUAAGUUGGAUAAAAAAGGGGGGCGAUAAUGCACCACGGCAGCGGCCCUCCGAAUGUCCAGCACCAGCUGCAGAGGUCCCGGGCCUUCCCCAGCAGCGAAGAAGAGCAGCAGGCCCACCCCAACCCACCCCCAUCCCCCGCCACGCCUUUUGCACCCUCGGCCAGCCCAUCCGCGCCCCAGUCGCCCGGGUACCAGGUUCAGCAGCUCAUGAGCAGGAGCCCCGUGGCCGGGCCGAACGUGAACCUCGCCCUGCAGACCGUGGGGCCAGUGGUGGCAGGAAACCCCCCGCUCACGCUGGCCCCACUGCCACUCCCCAGCCCCACCUCUCCGGGCUUCCAGUUCAGCGCCCAGCCGAGGCGCUUUGAGCACGGAUCGCCGUCCUACAUCCAGGUCACCUCACCACUGUCCCAGCAGGUGCAGACCCAGAGCCCCACCCAGCCCAGCCCUGGGCCGGGGCCAGGCUUGCAGAAUGUGCGGGCAGGCGCCCCCGGGCCUGGCCUGGGCCUGUGCAGCAGCAGCCCCACCGGGGGCUUUGUGGAUGCCAGUGUGCUGGUGAGGCAGAUCAGCUUGAGCCCGUCCACGGGCGGGCACUUCGUGUUCCAGGAGGGCUCGGGCCUUGCCCAGAUGGCCCAGGGAGCCCCAGUCCCGCUGCAGCAUACAGGGACUCCCAUUGCGAUGCGAGAACGGAGACUGUCCCAGCCCCACGGGCAGCCCGGGGGGACCGUGCACCACCUGGGACCCCAGAGCCCCGCGGCCUCGGGCGGAGCCGGCCUGCCGCCCUUGGCCAGCCCCGGCCACAUCACCACCGCCAGCCUGCCACCCCAGAUCAGCAGCAUCAUCCAGGGGCAGCUGGUCCAGCAGCAGCAGCAGCAGCAGCAGGUGCUGCAGGGGCCACCGCUGACCCGGCCUCUGCUGCCCGGGGUUGGGGGGGCUUCGGCGUUCGGGAUGACAUCCCCGCCGCCCCCCAGCAGCCCUUCUAGAACCUCGGUGCCCCCAGGCCUCUCCAGCCUUCCCCUCUCGUGCUCGGGGAGCAGGAAGACACCCAAGAAGCUGGAGGAGAUCCCCCCAGCCUCCCCAGAGCUGGCCCAGAUGCGGAAGCAAUGCCUGGACUCUCACCUCCGGGAGAUGGAGGCCUUGAGGGAGGCCUUCAAGGAGUACCUGAUUGAGCUGUUCUUCCUGCAACACCUGCAAGGGAACAUGAUGGAUUUCCUGGCUUUCAAGAAGAAGCACUACGCCCCGUUACAAGCUUAUCUCAGGCAGAACGACCUGGACCUGGAGGAGGAGGAGGAGGAGGAAGAGGAGGAGGAAGAAAAGUCUGAGGUUAUCAAUGAUGAGGUAAAGGUUGUGACAGGAAAGGAUGGGCAGACUGGUACUCCCGUUGCUAUAGCAACCCAGCUUCCGCCAAAUGUUUCUGCUGCUUUUUCAUCCCAGCAGCAACCAUUUCAGCAGCAAGCCCUCGCUGGGACCCUGGUGGCAGGGGCUGGCAGUGCAAUAGAGACGGACCCCUUUAAGAGGCAGCAGGCGGGACCCCCGGCAGAGCAGUCUAAGCGACCUCGACUUGAAGUGGGUCACCAAGGGGUAGUUUUCCAGCACCCAGGGGUGAAUACAGGAGUUCCUCUCCAGCAGUUAAUGCCGACAGUUCAAGGAGGGAUGCCUCCCGCCCCUCAGGCCGCCCAACUGGCCGGACAGAAGCAAAGCCAGCAGCAGUAUGACCCGUCCACGGGGCCUCCGGUGCAGAAUGCCGCCAGCCUGCACACACCUCCACCGCCGCUGCCUGGCAGGCUGCCCCCGGCCGGCCUCCCCACCGCGCCCCUGCCACCCACGCUGCAGUACCCGCCACAGCCGCCGAUGGGGGAGCCGCCGACACAGCUGCACGUGGCCACAAAGGCCCAGCAGCCCAACCCCCCAGUCCCCGUGCCCCCUGCCAGCCAGCUCCCUGUGCCCCCGCAGGCCACACAGCCGGCCCUGCUUGCCCCAGUGCCCGGGAAGGCGCAGAUGCAGGUCCCUCCGCCGCUGUCCCAGCCGCAGAUGGUGGCCUCCGCAAGACCACCCACCGACCCCGCCCAGCCCAGUCCUCGGCCGCCGCCCCCCUCCUCCACCUCGUCCAUCGCUCCCGGCAGUGGCUCCGGCCCGGGGGCCUCGCCAGCACGGGCCUCCCCGGUGAACAGACCCUCCUCAGCAGCCAGCAAGUCUCUGUCUCCAGUCACCUCCCGGUCCCCAGGGGCAGCUGUGUCAGCCCCCCCAAAACCACAGAGCCCAGCUCAGAAUGCGGCUGCACCCCAAGACGGUUCUCAGGACAAGCUGGCGGAGCAGAUGGCACUGGAAAACCAGAUCCAUCAGCGGAUAGCCGAGCUGAGGAAGGAAGGCCUGUGGUCCCUGAGGCGGCUGCCCAAGCUGCAGGAGGCCCCGCGUCCCCGCGCGCACUGGGACUACCUGCUGGAGGAGAUGCAGUGGAUGGCCACCGACUUCGCCCAGGAGCGGCGGUGGAAGGUGGCUGCUGCCAAGAAGCUCGUCAGGACGGUGGUGCGUCAUCACGAAGAGAAGAAGCUGCGAGAAGAAAGGGGCAAGAAAGAGGAGCAGAGCCGGCUCAGGCGGAUCGCUGCCUCGGCUGCCAGGGAAAUAGAGUAUUUCUGGUCAAAUAUCGAACAGGUUGUGGAAAUCAAGCUACAAGUCGAAUUAGAGGAGAAGAGGAAGAAGGCCUUGCAUUUACAGAAAGUUUCCAGGAAAGGAAAGGAGCCGAGACCCAAGGGCCCCGAGGUGCUGCUGGAAAGUGUUCUGGACCCGGGAGCAGCUGGCAGGAAACGGAAAGCGAGCACAGCCCUCACUGAUGAUGAAGUGGAAGACGAGGAGGAGACGAUUGCAGAGGAGGAGGCGAACGAAGGGGCCGUGGACCACCAGUCAGAGCUGUCGAACCUCGCCAAGGAAGCUGAGCUGCCCCUCAUCGACCUGAUGAAGCUGUAUGAAGGGGCCUUUCUGCCGAGCUUCCAGUGGCCCCAGCCUCAGCCCGGCGGCGAGGAGACGAGUGAGGAAGAAGAGGUGGAAGACGGCCCUGGCGACCAGGAGGGCCACAGGGACGUGGUGCUCAUAGACUCGCUGUUCAUCAUGGACCAGUUCAAAGCCGCUGAGAGAAUGGGUGUCGGGAAGCCUCACACAAAGGACAUCGCGGAAGUGACCGCCAUGGCUGAAGCCAUCCUGCCCAAGGGCAGUGCUCGGUUCAGCACCACGGUGAAGCUGAGUGCCCCGCCCCUGCUGCACGGCACGCUCAGGGAGUACCAGGAGAUCGGCCUGGACUGGCUGGCCAAGCUCUACCGGAAGAACCUCAAUGGCAUCCUGGCGGACGAUGCCGGGCUGGGGAAGACGGUGCAGAUCAUCGCCUUCUUUGCCCACCUCGCUUGCAACGAAGGCAACUGGGGCCCUCACCUGGUCGUCGUGAGGAGCUAUAACAUCCUCAAGUGGGAGCUCGAGCUGAAGCGCUGGUGUCCUGGGCUCAAGACCCUCGUAUAUGUUGGCAGCCACCGAGAACUCAAAGCAAAGAGACAGGGAUGGACCGAGCCCAACAGCUUCCACGUCUGCAUCACGUCCUACAAGCAGUUCUUCCGGGGCUACGCGGCCCUCACGCGGGUGCGCUGGCGCUGCCUGGUCAUCGACGAGAUGCAGCGUGUCAAGGGCCUGAGCGAGCGGCACUGGGAGGCGGUGUUCACCCUGCAGAGCCAGCAGCGCCUGCUCCUUAUCGACGCGCCGCUGCACAACACCUUCCUGGAGCUGUGGACCAUGGUGCACUUCCUCAUCCCGGGCCUCUCGCGGCCCUACCUGCACGUCCCCCUGCAGGCCCCCACUGAGGAGAACCAGGACUACUACCACAAGGUGGUCAUCCGCCUGCACAGGGUGACCCAGCCGUUCAUUCUGAGGAGAACCAAGAGGGACACAGAGAAGCAGCUGACCAAGCGGUACGAGCAUGUGCUGAAGUGUCGCCUGUCCAGUCGACAGAAAGCCUUGUACGAGGACGUCAUCCUACAGCCGGGGACCCAGGAGGCGCUGAAGGGCGGGCACUUUGUGGACGUGCUGAGCAUCCUGCUGAGGCUGCAGCGCAUCUGUAACCACCCGGGGCUGGUGGAGCCCCGGCUCCCGCAGUCCUCGUUUUCGGCCCGGCCGCUGCAGCUCCGCUUGGCCUCCCUCGUGCUCAAGGCGCUCGACAGGGAUGCCUGGACGGAAACGGAUCUUUCUCUAUUUGACCUUAUUGGCUUAGAAAAUAAAAUGACUCGCCACGAGGCUGAACUGCUGUGCAAGAAGAGGGUGUCGCGGAAACUCAUGGAGGAGCUCUUCACCGCCCCGCCCCCGCCCGGCCGGCCCCCCUCGGUCCGACUGAAGCCCAGCAGGUUGUUCCAGCCUGUGCAGUACGGCCAGAAGCCCGAGGGCCGCACGGUGGCUUUCCCCAGCACACACCCGCCCCGGACGGCCACCUCCACAGCGGCCACGGCCACGCCACAGGGCCACGUGCGAGGACGGCCGCCCAUCGCCACGUUCUCUGCCAACCCGGAUGCCAAAGCGGCAGCGGCCCCCCAGGCUCCCACCGGUGCUCCGAGACCCCAGGCCACCUCGACCUGCAGCACAGCUCCUAGCCCAGCCCAUCCUGCGAAACUGCGGGCUCAGACCGCGCCCCAGGCCUCCGCCUUGGGCCCGUCCCAGCCCCAGCCCCAGGCCCCCUCGCACCCGGCCGGGCAGAGCACGCUGCCUCAGGGGCUGCUGCUCACCUCGCAGGCCCAGGCGCGCCUGCCCAGUGGGGAGGUGGUCAAAAUAGCACAGCUGGCGUCACUCGCAGGACCGCCGAGUCGCGUGGCCCAACCAGAGACCCCGGUGACGCUGCAGUUCCAAGGGAACAAGUUCACCUUGUCCCACAGCCAGCUGCGGCAGCUCACCGCCGGCCAGCCCCUGCAGCUGCAAGGCAGCGUCCUUCAGAUCGUGUCCGCCCCCGGGCAGUCCUACCUGCGACCGCCAGGCCCCAUGGUGAUGCAGACCGUGUCUCAGGCGGGUGCCCUGAGCACCCUGGGAAGCAAGCCCCCGACCAGCGGCCCCGGCCCUGCUCCCGUGGCCCCACCAGUUGGUGUGCCUGGUCGAGUGGCGGUCAACCCCCUGACUGUGGGGGAACCCGGCCUGGCCCCCAAACCAGCGUCUCCCAUUGGGGGGCCCACCCAGGAGGACAAGGCCCGGCUUCUGAGAGAGCGGCUGGACCAGGUCCACGCUGUCAAUGAGCGGCGCUGCUCCCGCGCCCCCAUCUACGGGGCAGACCUGCUGGCGGCUUGUUCCCUGGCCUGCGGAGAACGGGGCUCGGGGCUCGGAGCUCUGGGGAGCAGGCAUGGGAAGGGGGCCAGGCCAGCGAGUGUCUGCACGUCACCUUCAAACAGUCACAGGGACCUGAUUUUGACGCUGACUCAACGUCAAGAGUCCCUCCAGGAUCUUAUCGACAGGGUGGCCUGUGUGAUCCCGCCGGUGGUGGCCUCGCCCCCGUCCGUGUGGGUGUCGCGGCCGCCCGCCCUCUACAGCCACAGGAUGAGGAUCUUCCGGCACCGCCUGCAGGAGCACACGGCGCCCUACGCCCCGCAGCUGCAGCAGGUGACCGCCCCGCGCUCGCUGCAGUUCCCCGAGCUGAGGCUGGUCCAGCUGGACUCAGGAAAGCUGGAGGCCCUGGCGAUGCUGCUGAAGAAGCUGAGGUUAGAACGACGCCGGGUGCUGAUCAUGUCGCAGAUGGUCCUCAUGCUGGACAUCUUGGAGAUGUUCCUGAACUUCCACUUCGUCACCUACAUCCGCAUCGACGAGAACGCCAACAGCGAGCAGCAGCAGGAGCUGGUGAAGAGCUUCAACAGAGACAGGCGCAUCUUCUGUGUCAUCCUCUCCACACGCAGCCGCUCGUCAGGGGUGAGCCUGAUGGAAGCCGACGCGGUGGUGUUCUACGACCACGACCUGAACCCGGUGCUGGACGCCCGGGCCCAGAACUGGUGCGACAGGAUCGGGAGGCGCAAGGACGUGCAUGUGUACAGGCUUGUGAGUGCCAAUUCCAUUGAAGAGAAACUUUUGAAGAAUGGAACCAAGGAUCUGAUCCGAGAAGUGGCUGCUCAGGGAAACGACUACUCCAUGGCGUUCCUGACGCAGCGCACCAUCCAGGAGCUGUUUGAGGUGUGCGUUCCCAUGGAGGAGCCUGUCUUCCCUGUGACGGCCGAGGAGUUUGUGGUCCUUCCCCAGGAGCCGACUGUCACGGAGACCAUUGCACCCAAGAUCGCACGGCCUUUCAUCGAGGCCCUGAAGAGCAUCGAGUGCCUGGAGGGAGACGCACAGGAGCCCGCAGGGGAGGCCGUGCCUGGGUCACUGGACCCUGACGGCUUGAGGGACCAGGAGCCCUCGCAGCUGGAGGAGUUGGCCGACUUCAUGGAACAGCUCACCCCAAUUGAAAAAUAUGCUUUGAAUUACCUGGAACUAUUCCAUUCUUCCAUCGAUCACGAAAAAGAGAGGAACGGUGAGCAGGACGCCGUGCUGACUGCAGUGAGCGCCUGGGAGGCCCAGAACCUGCGGGCGCUGCAGGAGCAGGAGGCCCGGGCGCUGCAGGAGCAGGAGCAGGAGCAGCUGCUCACCUACACCCGGGAGGAUGCCUACAACGCGGAAUACAUCUACGAAGGAGCGGACGGGCAGACGGAAGUCAUGCCGCUCUGGACCCCACCCACGCCGCCCCAGGACGACAACGACAUCUACAUUGACUCGGUCAUGUGUCUCAUGUACGAGACCACGCCCAUCCCCGAGUCCAAGCUGCCCCCCGUGUACGUGAGGAAGGAGCGCCGGCGGCACAGGACGGACCCCUCAGCCGCAGGCAGGAAGAAGAAGCAGCGUCACGGGGAGGCGGUCGUGCCCCCGCGGUCGCUCUUCGACCGCGCCGCGCCCGGCCUGCUGAAGAUGCGGCGCGAGGGCAAGGAGCAGAAGAAGAACCUCCUGCUGAAGCAGCAGACGCAGUUCGCCAAGCCUCUGCCCACCUUCGCCAAGCCCGCGGCCGAGUCGGGUCCCGACAACCCCGAGUGGCUCAUCAGCGAGGACUGGGCGCUGCUGCAGGCCGUGAAGCAGCUGCUGGAGCUGCCUCUGAACCUCACCAUCGUGUCCCCGGCCCACACACCCAACUGGGACCUCGUCAGCGACGUCGUCAACUCCUGCAGCCGCAUCUACCGCUCCUCCAAGCAGUGCCGCAGCCGCUACGAGAGCGUGCUCAUCCCCAGGGAGGAGGGCAAGAGCAAGAACAACCGUCCUCUGCGCACGGGCCAGAUUUACGCCCAGGACGAGAACGCCACGCACACCCAGCUGUACACGAGCCACUUCGACCUGAUGAAGAUGACCGCCGGCAAGAGGAGCCCCCCCAUCAAGCCCCUGCUUGGCAUGAACCCCUUCCAGAAAAACCCCAAGCACGCGUCGGUCCUGGCAGAAAGUGGCAUCAACUACGACAAGCCCCUGCCUCCUAUCCAGGUUGCGUCUCUCCGUGCCGAGCGAAUCGCCAAAGAGAAGAAGGCGUUGGCCGACCAGCAGAAGGCACAGCAGCCGCCUGUGACGCAGCCUCCGCCACCCCCGCCGCAGCCACAGCCCCCACCGCCCCAGCAGCCACCACCGCCUCUGCCCCAGCCCCCAGCGGCCGCCGGCAGCCAGCAGCCCUCGGGGCCGCCCGCCGUGCAGCCCCCGGCCCAGGCGCAGCCUCCAGCACAGCCUGUGCAGCCCCCACAGAAGGCACCCCCUGCGAUCACUACGGUGGGCAGUGCGGCCGUGCUGCAGGCCGGAGCCAUCAAGACGCCGGUGACGGGGACAAGCAUGCCAGCAGGUAAGGGCCAGCGAUGUCAGUGGGAACUCACUUGUCUCGCGUGCUCUUGCCCCACAAACCCUCUCUCUGCAGGCACAGUGAGCGGAAACGUGAUCGUGAACACCAUCGCGGGUGUCCCUGCCGCCACCUUCCAGUCCAUUAACAAGCGCCUGGCCUCCCCCGUGGCGCCUGGAGCCCUGACGAGCUCUGGAGGCUCGACGCCGGCCCAGGUGGUCCACACCCAGCCCCGAGCAGUGGGCUCCCCGGCCACGUCUGACCUGGUGUCCCUGGCGCCCACGCAGGGCGUUCGUGCGGUCACCUCCGUGACAGCCUCAGCCGUGGUCACCACCAGCCUGGCUGCCGUGCAGGCCCCAGCCCGGUCUUUGGUGACGCAGGUGUCCCAAGCCACAGGCGUGCAGCUCCCAGGGAAGACCCUCACGCCCGCACACUUCCAGCUCCUCCGGCAGCAGCAGCAGCAGCAACAGCAGCCGCCGCCGCCGCCUCCACCGCCCUCCCAGGCGCAGGUCCCGCAGCUCCAGGGCCAGGCCCAGUCGCCCGCACAGAUCAAAGCUGUCAGCAAGCUGACCCCGGAACACCUGAUCAAAAUGCAGAAGCAGAAGCUGCAGCUGCCCCAGCAGGCCCCCCCGCCACAGGCCCCGCCUGGCCCCCCGCCGCCCACCGCACAGGUGCAGGUGCAGCCUCCACCGCCGGCACAGCAGCCGAGCCCCCAGCUCACCACCGUCACCGCCUCGCGGCCCGGGGCCCUGCUCACGGGCACCACCGUGGCCAACCUCCAGGUGGCCCGGCUCACGCGGGUCCCCACGUCGCAGCUGCAGGCACAAGGCCAGAUGCAGGCACAGGCGCCCCAGCCGGCCCAGGUGGCCCUGGCGAAGCCUCCGGUGGUGUCCGUGCCCGCGGCCGUGGUCUCCUCGCCGGGCGUCACGACCCUGCCCAUGAACGUUGCUGGGAUCAGUGUGGCCAUCGGGCAGCCGCAGAAAGCCACAGGACAGACCGUGGUGGCCCAGCCCGUGCACGUGCAGCAGCUGCUGAAGCUCAAGCAGCAGGCCGUGCAGCAGCAGAAGGCCAUCCAGCCGCAGGCCGCCCCGGGCCCGGCCGCCGUCCAGCAGAAGAUCACUGCCCAGCAGAUUGCCGCGCAGGGCCAGCCACAGAAGGUCACCUAUGCCACCCAGCCAGCCCUGAAAACCCAGUUCCUCACCACCCCCAUCUCCCAGGCGCAGAAGCUGGCCGGGACGCAGCAGGUGCAGACCCAGAUCCAGGUGGCCAAGCUCCCUCAGGUUGUGCAGCAGCAGAGCCCGGUGGCCGGCCUCCCACAGGUCGCCUCCGCCUCCCAGCAGGCUUCCCCGCAGACGGUGACGCUCACCCAGGCGGCCGCAGCGGGCCCGCAGGUCCAGGUGAUCCCUGCAGUGACCGCGGCCGCCCAGGCCGUCCAGCAGAAGCUCCUGCAGCAGCAGGUGGUGACCACGGCGGCGGCCCAGCUGCAGACCCCGGGCGUCCCCACCCCCACGCAGGUGCCGGCCAGCGCUGACAGCCCCAACCAGCAGCCCAAGCUACAGAUGCGUGUCCCUGCCGUCCGGUUAAAGACGCCCACCAAGCCUCCGUGCCCCUAGUCAGGAAAGCGGGCGCCUCGGGCCGCCACCGAGCAGGGCUCCGUGGGGCCAGAAGGGCAGGGCUGCGUCCUGUGGAACUGGGGGCCGUGUCCUGUGGGGUCCAGCCCGACGCUGCGGCGAGGGGAGCCGCCCGUGCAGCACGCUCGGGCCGCAGCUUCUCCGGGUCCUUCCACCCUCCAGGGCCUCCAGGGCUGCACAUCACGGGGCGACUCAGACCCGUGAGUCGUAAACACGGUCUCGGGCAGCACAGCGUUGGCCUCUAUGUGGUUCUUUAGACCCAACACAAAACGCAUCCUGGUCCUUGGAGGAGAGGCCACCUGAGGUCGGUCAGCUCAGAUCCGGGACGGCCAGGGUGGCUGCUUCUUUCUCAAAGUGUGACUUCUGGGACCUUCAAAGGAGCCAUCUGGUCCUCGUGCCAUCGAGGCAGUUCUGCGUACCAGCUUGCGUGGAGGGACGACGCUGGGGUUGAACUUUCAUUCCAAAGAGCAGCCAGUGUGACUGUUUCCAUGCAGAUGGCGCCUUCCGGCCACUCCCCAUCCCCACGCACCUCCGUCCUUCCCGGCUUUCGGACAUGGUGCCGAGGCGGCUCCAGGAGCUGAGCCCUGGUCUCCAUUGGUCGGGCCCAGGCCGGUGUCACAGCCACGUGUGCGCGUGUGUGCGCUCGGCGUGGGGCUCAGGGAGGUGCCUGUCACCGCUCCCCUGGCUCAGGCCCAGCCCGGCCCGGCCUGUCUGCAGAGCUGGGCGCCUGCUCACACAGCUGGUCUGCUGUGGCUCUUUCCCAUAGACGAGACCUCCGGUUUCUGGGCCAGGGCCUCCCACACAAGCAGGCACGUGCCAUCGUGGUUGUGUAAGGGUGAACCACGGCUGAGGGUAGAGGCCCCAUGUUUGCACUUGCAUCUGUGUCUUCUCUGGCGAGAUGGCAGAGCGGUUGCAGUGCUCGCCACGCACACUGCACUCCAAGGACGCCUCCUUGCUCGGGCAUCCGACUCGGUCCAGAUCGGCUGUCAGGCCUGUGUGCGCGGAGAUGAGCUGCAGCGCCUGGGAGACGCGUGACCAUCUCCUCUGCUCCCCUCCCCACUGAACCGCUCACUGGCAGGGGCGGCUUCUGUCCGGUGUUGGUUUCCCUCCGUUUGUGUGGACAGCAGGGCGGCGACACUUAGGGGAGCCAGUGAGUGAAACUCUUGUGCGACAUUUGGAGGAAUAAGUAAAAAAUCAAGUGUUGAAAAGGGAAGGUAUUUAUUUAACAUUUCAGUGAGCUGAACUUAUGGAAACAGGACCGUCAGCCAGGCCUGUGGGUUCUGUUCGCUACCAGCCGGCGGGCAGGACGGCGCCGAGAGGGCUCCGCCUUGUCACUGGGGGACUGCCUGCCCUUUGCCUUCAUCCUCGUGUGCAAGGCCACAGCACAGAGGUCGUGUUUGGGGCUUAUUUGUUGUGCAGUUUGCGUUCUCGUCCUCCCGAGGGUGCUGGCCGUCCCUCAGGGGCAAUGGUGACGCACUUCGGCUGCCCUGGGCAGAGCCAGCAGAGACGGAGACUGCCGGCCGGGUGGAGCGCAGCUGCUCUGCGGGGAGAGCCUUGCUCAGGCGCUUCCUUCAGCCACUCGGAUGCGAGAUGUGCGACAGGAGAUUGGCCUGUUCUGCCGGGUUCGUCACAUCGCAGGUCACCCGACCUGCUCGUCAGUGGUCACGGAGGUAAAAACCCUCCUUCCAAAGUUCACACUGAAGAGUUAGAGUGGGUUUCGCAGGCUGUUCUGGGGCCUCCCCCAUCGUUGCUGGUGGACCCCGUGCUGCCUAGGACCAGGCUUCUGCCGACACUAACGAGGGGGCUCUCGGAUGCAGACCCAGCAGGACUAACCACUCGAGCUGGCCCCCCAGGAGCAGGCUUCCCUAGGAGAUGGGUCCGGUGAAGGUGGGCUGUUUGCAAAGCGCCCCGGGAAGCAGGAGCUGGUCCGCUCGUGCAGAUGCGUUCCUUUUGUGACCUUUAGGGUUUUUUGUUAAGUGUUGUAACCAAAUAGUUGUUGUGUUUAAAACUGAGGAUGUAAAUACUUUGUAAACAAUCAUUUGUACUUGAACAGUAGGGUUUUGAAGAGCACUGAUACCCCCCCCCCAGGCAUAAUAAAAGUCUUUUUCAUA